AUGGAAAACUUCGGAACCCCGCUUAGCCCCGAAGGCCUCGACCUCGGGCUGGUGGUCCCGGAAUACAUCUCCCUCUUUCCCCACAGUGGAGAAGGCAUCCUCAGUCUCCCGGUGCCAGGCGUCCGGUGCCCAACCUGCGCGGCCAACGGUGAAGAAGUCUGGGUGGUGCCCGGCCUUCUCUGCGCCAAGUGCCGAACACCCGCCCCAGAUUCCAACCACGAGCUCGAUUCGGCCCUCGGAGUUGACUCCGACGAUUAUUAA